AUGUGGCACGAAGAACAUCAUGAGAUGCAAUCCCUCAUCAGUUCACUAUUCAACUUAUAUGGUCAGCACCGGGCACUGGGACUCUAUAAUCUUAUAUUUCAAACACAUAUUUUUAUUGACGACGCUUUUGAUGAGACAUUUGAUUUAAAUGGAAACAAAAUAUUUACUAUAAAUUCAUAUGUUAUGAACUUAAUAGAUGUUAGCAAACAAGUGAAUCGUGAGAUGGGAUACAAGAGUAUCAGUUUGACUCAAAUGGACACUCCUUAUGGCAGACAAAUCCAUAUGCAUUUAGACCACAACUACAAACUGGUCGUUCACUUAAAGAACCGUAAUUUUGUUCGUAAAGGCAAACGUUGGAGUCAAGUAAUGUAUAUGAAUUUGGUUAAGACUUAUGUAAAGAUUAAUCAAUUGAAUGAAUCGGAUGUAAUAAUGAUAGCUCUGGAUGGCGACACAUCAUAUCCUCCAAAAUCAAUCUUUAAUAUUAUAGACACCGCUAUCAAUAAUACAGAUAUCGGUGCCAUAUCUGGUAAACUGAUCCCAAUUAGUAAUCAAAGACUAAAUUGGUUAGUAAUGUACCAAAAGUUUGAAUAUGCAAUGUCUUAUUGGUUUCAAAAGACAGUUGAAAAUGUUUGGGGCAGUAUAUUGUGUAGUCCCGGUUGCUUUACAUUAUACCGGGCACAGGCUAUUUUUGAUGUCAUGUCCGAGUACUCCACACAAUCAAACGAUGCAUUUACACAAAUAUUAUAUGGACAGGGAGAGGAUCGUUGGUUGACAACAUUGUUAAUGAAGCAAGGUUGGAUUAUAGAUUAUUGUUCACAAGCAGUUGCCUAUACAUACUGUCCGAUCACAUUGAAUGAGUAUAUAAAACAAAGACUCCGAUGGAUAGCAUCGACAAUGAUUAACAAUUUGCAACUCAUGUUCAUCAGCAAAGAAGUGACAAAAUAUAGCCGAAGUGUGUCAUGGAUUUAUAUAGCCUAUCACUCAUGCAUUUUCUUAAUUUCAAUUAUAACUCCUUUAUAUAUUUUACUGAUAAUUACCAAAUUUUUUAACACAGCCUUUCCAUUCUCUCAAUGGAUUUUAUUUUCCAUUAAUUUAUCUAUAUUUGUAAUCUACUGUUUGAUAUGUAUUUUUGCCAGAAAUGAUAUCCAAAUAUUAGUUAUGAAAACUUUAGGAAUAAUAUAUGGGUUGACUAUGAUUGCAGUAUUUAUAAUCACAAUGUAUCAGUCUAUAGUCAGUGAUAAUGUAUUGACUCUCACUUUUGUUAUCUUUGUCUCUGUUUGUGUUGUCUAUACUUUGGCUGUUCUUUUACAUCCCGGAGACCUACAUAUGUCAGCAACAUUGCUACCGGCGCUUAUAUAUUACGCGUGCGGACCACUCAUGUUCAUGCUUUUGCCCAUCUAUUCAUUAAUUAAUAUGAAUGUGGUUUCGUGGGGCACAAGAGAGAAAGUCAACGGAUCAGAUGCCAACACAUCUACUAAUGACACUUUGUCUGACUUACAAAACAGUUGCACUCAACAUGUUUUUACUGAGUGUCACAUGACUACUACCGAAGCAGAUCUGUGGGAAAGUCUAAUCAUCGUUGAUAACAGUGUCCUAAAUCCCAAUCAAGAUAAUAGUCAAUCAACUGAAGACAUGAAAAAAUAUCGCCAAAAAUUAAUGACAAAACAACGUAACAAAUAUGCAUCAGUUAUAUUGACAUUUAAUUUUGUAUUUUUUUCGACACUUUUUUUGGUUGAAUAUUUGGUCGACAAAAUCCACAGAUAUAGAGUUUUGUGGAAUUAUAUCAGUGAUAAACCAACUAUUCUUUCAAAUACAGAUUCACAGUUAACCAGCAGUUCACUAUCCAAUGGUAUUAUUAUACUAAAUAAAUUGACAACAAUUAACCAAGAUCAUACUGAUAAUUAUGUAAUCAUCACAAAAUGUUGA